GCUUCUCCGGAACUCCAAUCGCUUUUCUCAGUCCUCCCCCGGUGUUUGCCAAAGAAAAGGCAUCACUUUCGUUGUUGUUCCGUUUCGUUAUUCUGGCAAGAGCUCCUUUAAGACCAACUUCUCAUAAUAGAUGUGAUGAUGCUAUAUCAACAAUCACUACAACCUCAACAUCAAGAAUAACGCAAACCACCUCAGAAAGACGAAAAAAUCGCGAGAAUUUUAAUCGACCAAUCAUUUUCAGAUUCCAAAUAUUUAGGAUAAAUUUAUUAAGCUUAAAAAAAGAUGGCAAGGAAAAAUUAAAAGAUAUAAAAGAUGAAGAAGCAUUAUAA